UUGUGUCAUUUCGGAAAAGAAAUUUUUUUCCAAGAUUAUUCGCUCCUCGGGAAUUUAGAAUUAUGAAUUCUAUCUGAAGAUUGGUAUUUAUUUUAUACACCGCAAAAGAUUCAAAGAGCUGGACUGACUUGGGUCUGAAAGACAAGGAUUUACAUAUAUUGCAUAAGGAAUUURAUAGAUAUGAAGUUAGGUAGAUUUAAUGGACUCUUUGCAAUAUUUUUAUUUAGUCUACUACAUUACACUUUAUCAAGGCAAAUUAGUGUAGUGAAUAGCCCAAGUCAGACGAAUGAAGCUAUUGUCAAGGUAAUAGGUACUGUUCCUGAGAGUUCGUUGAAAACUCAACCUGUUGUUGAAACUACAGGUGUCACACAGUUACAAACUCARGGCAACGAAGAACCGCAGUCUAAUGACAAUCAGCAAACACAGGUUGUACGUCAAGCAACUGCAGCUGCAAUUCCUGAAACUAAUCCUUGUGCAGUUCAAGCAGAUCAGCAGAAUGAUCAAGCUUGCGCACCAACCGCUAAUGCUAGAAGCGAGACUGCCUCUGAGCUGGAUGAAAACACUGAGGGAAAUGGAAGCGAUGAAUCAAMUGAAAAGGAAGGACAGUCAACAACUGAAGAGGUCGAAGAGUCAAAGGAAGAUGUCAAAAUUGAGCCAUUGGCUAGCGGACAACCAAGUGAAUCUGCGAAGGAAGAAACUGAAAAGACAGAAAAAACAAAAGGUGUAGAAGAAGCACAAGAAGAAGAACCAAAAGAACAAGAAGAAAGCACUGAGAAAGUAAAUCCYAAAGUAGCAAAGGUUGAUAAUUUGUUAUCCAAAGUAUCUGGUAGAGAGGUAUGUGAUUCGCCACACUGCAAGAAAGUAGCAAAAUCAAUCAUGGAUUCCAUCAAUAAAUCGGUGGAUCCAUGUGAAAACUUCUACGAGUAUGCCUGUGGCAAUUGGGUCAAAGAGCACAAAAUUCCUAAGUUUCAUACCCAGUACUCUCGGAUCUCAGCACUCUCCGAAAACAACGAGAAAGUGCUUAUGGAUUCGUUAAAAAAGGACCAGCCAACUGAUAAUGACACUAUUAAAAAGGUUAAAAUGUUUUUCCGUUCUUGUAUGGACAUUAAUGCAAUUGAAAAAGCAGGAGCAAAUCCUUUAAAGGAAUAUAUYAAAAAACUUGGUUCCUGGAACUUUGACAAAACAUGGAAAUCAAGGAAAUGGAAUUUUUAUAAAACGUUGAAAGAUAUGCACCGAGAAUACCCAACCGAAGUAUUCUUUACUGUGGAUGUUCAUACUGACCCAACAAAACCCCACGAUCAAGCUGAAUUCAUUUCAUUGAUCGACCAAGCAACACUCAACUUACCCCAGAUCAUUUACUUYACCAGCCCUAAGAUUCUAAGGCUUGUCAGUAAGUACAUGUCACACAUUGUCACUUUAUCUGGGUGCCCAGAAAAGACUGCAGAAGAAAAAGUAAGGGAUCUCAUGAAGUUUGAAGUGAAAUUAGCAUCGAUCUCAGUCCCUAAAGUGGCCAAAAAGUACGUCCGUAUACCAAUCGCCAAACUGGAAAAAGCUGUCCCUGAGUUUCCAUGGCAGGACCACCUUCAAGGGGUUUUCUGGACGAAAAAGAUAACAAACGAAACCAAAGUCAUUGUUUUAGCUAAUGAUUACCUUCCAAACCUAUUUGAACUUCUGAGAAAAACGGACAAAAGCACUUUAUCAAACUACAUGGUAUGGAGACUUAUAAAAGACGUUAUUCCUUUACUAUCAAAUGAUUUCCGUAAAGAACAUUUUGAAUUAAAAAAGAAAUUGCUYGGAGUAAAGCACGAGAAGCCUCGAGAAAGGAAGUGCUUUGGAUACGCUAAUAACCUACUUGGACCAUUGAUGGGAGCACUAUUUGUGAARAAUGCUUUUAGUCCAGAAAGUAAACACAAGGUGGAAACCAUGAUGGAGGGUAUAAUAAAGGCYUUCAAAGACAACAUUGAGCAUGUUGAUUGGGUGGAUAAGGAUACUGUAGUAGCUGUUGAGGAGAAGGCCGAUAAAGCGGUGUAUCAAGUUGGCUAUCCUGAGUAUCUCUAUGACGACGAAAAAGUCAACAAAAGAUAUAGCAUGUUGAACAUAACUGGUGAAAACUGGUUUAAUAAUGUUUUGGAAACAGACAAGUUCGCUUCUCUUCAAACUUUCGAAAAACUAAAUACAGUCAGUGAUAAACAUCAAUGGAUCACUGUUCCUCACCUUGUAAAUGCUUUCUACGUCAUAACAAAGAACGAAAUUGUUAUUCCAUCUGGUAUCCUUCAGCCGCCGUUCUUUUACCCGGAGGAGAUUCCAAGGUCACUCAGUUACGGUGCUAUUGGUCACGUGCUUGGUCAUGAGUUAACGCAUGGUUUUGAUACUACAGGUCGUAAAUAUGAUCAAAAUGGCGAGGAAAUUGAUCCCGGCAAUCACAAAACUCACACAUGGAGCAACUCUUCUAUCAAAGCCUUUGAAAAACGAGCAAAGUGCCUAGUCGAGCAGUUUUCAAAAUACAGAGUUUUGGGAAAAUUCCACCUUGAUGGCUUUAAAACUCUGGGAGAAAAUAUUGCUGAUGGAGGUGGAGUUAAACUUGCUUAUCAUGCUUUUAGAGAAUUUUUAUCAACRCAUAGCGAUGAAAAGAUUCUUCCUGAUUUAAACAUGCCACACGAAAAACUGUUCUUCCUUGGAUAUGCUCAGAAAGAGUGCGUGAGAACAACGCCAGCAGCAGAGUUUCUAGCUGUAAUGGAAGACGUCCAUCCUCCCUCUAAGUACAGGGUUAUUGGAACAUUGUCAAACUUGGAGGAGUUUUCCAAAGUUUACAAGUGUAAGCCUGGUCAGGCAAUGAACCCAGAGAAGAAAUGCGAAGUUUGGUAAAUGAAAGGAUGCAAAGCAUACGCUUCAUGCAAAAUAGAAAAAAAAUCAUAUUUCGAAAUAGGGAACAUUGAUUGUUCAUCAGUGGUUUCAACGCAUAAUAAAGCUGUUAUUAGGCAGCAAACAUUACGAACUCAAAGAUUUUUGUUUUGAACAAAAAAGCAUUUUUUCAAAGAAUACUCGUAAAGGAAUCAAAUCAGUAGUAAUUUCAUUUUGGCAGAUAGGCAUUAGGAUUUCAUAUUUGAGAUCAGGAGAAAUUAUCGGAAAAGGUCCAUAGCAGUGCUUUGCUGCGUAAUGUACCUUUCCGCGAUAAUCCAGCAGUUUGAAAAUUAAUGAUGACAAACUGCGAAAUCCUAAUCGAURCUGACGAUACAUGGCAUGAAAYGAGAAACAAUCAAAUGCGUCUUUUAUAAAAAUACUUCAGGCCGUUAGAUCUCUAGUAAAGAGUACUUUCUGGCCAAKAAUACAAGAUCGUUAAUAAUGUUCAUAAUGAACAGUUUUACAAAGCAUCGCAUCACAGCUUCGUGGCAACACUGAAGCCCUAAACUAGCAUAGACAUUGAUAGAUCAUCCGCAAAAGCAAUUAGAAACGCAUCAGAUCUCUGGUUUAUUCACUGAAAAACCAGCCUCUAAUCUCUGAAAUUAUAGUUCAGAGCUGCCUAGACACAUGUAGACAGGUGUCUUGUGGAMCUUUUAUGCUGUCUAUACUUAGAUAGCAAAGAAAAUAUUUUGUGUAAAAAUACUUUUGCAUAUUACUGUAAUUAAGUGAUUGUGKUAGCUGUGUGUAUAGCAGUGAUAAUAAUCAUGUUGAUAAUAGAAAUAAUGAAACAUCAUCAGUAUAGUAGUAA